UUGUUAGUUCUCCCAAAGCGCUGGCGCAUGCAACCACCCGAUCUUCCACCACCCCACGCGUCGCGACUGUCGUUCCAAUACCGUACGGAGGCCCUCGAUCCUUGCGGGAUAAAGGCAUUCAGUCCCUCUAGCUCCGAUGCCGCCCGUACCGCCCCAGCCUCUCCCGCGUGUCAUCACCUACUACCAAACACACCACACCUCCGAUGGCAAACCUAUCUCGAUCCUCCCGCUCCUUACCCAAGGUGGGAUCAGCGUCACCCACGUGAUUCUCGCGGCGAUACACAUUAACGAUGAUCCCCACGGCCUCACCUUGAACGACCAUACCCCCGACAACCCGCGAUUCCUUACACUAUGGGCCGAGCUUCGGGUGUUGCAGGCCAGUGGCGUGAAGGUGCUUGGUAUGCUCGGCGGUGCUGCCAAGGGCUCUUACGAGAGGCUAGACGGGGACGAGGAGAAGUUUGAAAAAUACUACAUACCCUUACGCGACAUGCUUCGGACACGAGGGCUGGACGGCAUCGACCUCGACGUCGAAGAGGAGAUGAGCUUGGGCGGUGUCAUACGGCUCAUUGACCGCGUGCGGCAGGACUUUGGCGAGGACUUCAUUAUCUCCAUGGCUCCUGUGGCUGCGGCGCUGCUCAACUCCGAGAACAACCUGAGCGGCUUCGACUACGAGGCUCUGGAGGUGAUGCGAGGGAAGGAGAUUGCCUGGUAUAAUGCUCAGUUCUACUGCGGAUGGGGCGAUGUCAGCAACCCGGUCAUGUACGAGAUGAUCCUGGCAAAGGGCUGGCCACCGGAGAAGGUCGUCAUGGGCCUUGUCACGAAUCCCGAGAACGGCGGCGGAUGGGUCCCGUGGGAGAUGCUCGGCGCUGUGCUUCUGACCCUCCGAAAUCGUUAUGCGCGGUUCGGUGGGGUCAUGGGAUGGGAGUACUUCAACAGCUUGCCAUCUGGCCGGGAGAAGCCCUGGGAAUGGGCAAAAUGGAUGACAACGAUGUUGCGCGCAGACCAUACACAUCACUCGCCCGGCCCGGUCCAAGGCUCAGCCCCUGCGGAUUCUACCCAGCCUGUCGCGCAGGAAAUCAAGAAGCACCUGGUGGAUGAAGUUGAUCCAGAUGGCCCCAAUAGCAAAGACGCACCGCUGCCCACUGCUUUUGAGUACUAUUCGGAUGGCAACGUGGAUGACGAUUGAAAGACCUGGGGAAGCUGUUGCCUUUCAAAAGAGAAGAGACGCACAUAACGAGACCGAUGAUUAGCGACGCUUACCUACGACUGCGCAAACCGAUCAUAGAAUAGAUACGUCGACGUCCAUAUGGGAUAGAGGAGGCAUUCCAGGAGUAGCAUUACUUUUGCGCAUGAUUAUUCCCAUACUGCGCAAUGACAAUCGUCUUGACCCAGGAGAUGCUCGGACAUCGGGAUAAUCCUGUCGGGGUACAUGAAGGCCAUGCAGGUCUCCUUCCGGGCAAAUAAGCUCUGAUCUGGCUUGGCAAUCUGCAUCUCUUGAAUUCAAGUAGAUAAUGAUUCGUCCGCUUGCCCAACUGCACAGGAUCAGCUCG